AUGACUAAUUUAAUUGAUUCUUGUUUAUUAAAAAUUGGCUUUCACAAGGUUUUUUGUGAAAAUUCGAACGAAUUAUUAAAACAAAAUAUUCUUUCUGUUUUGAAUACUAAUUCUUCUCAAAAUAUUUUUAUUGGAUUUUCUGGCGGUUCAAUGCCUCAAUUACUUGCACCUUUAUUAAAUGAACUUUCAAAUGAUUUAAUUUCCAAUCUUUUAUUAUUUCCUGUCGAUGAACGUUUAGUGCCUUUACAAAAUGAAGAAAGCAAUGCCGGCAGUCUUUUACGAGAAUUAUAG